AUGGAGAUAGUAUAUGAGAACAGAACGCGUUGCCGGCCCCAGUGCGACAGGAAUUGUGGCAGUUAUACCUUUUGCCCCAAACCAGGUGAAUGCAGGUGCUUGCACGGCUGUCAGAGAUCCAAGGCAAAUGCCACCAACUGUGAGCCCGUCUGCCAAAUGAAAUGUGGACGACACCAGCAGUGCGGCAAACCCAAUCAAUGCGAAUGCAAUGUGGGUUAUAUUGAGGACUCUGAGGGUCUAUGCAGACCCCACUGCACUACAUGUGGAGCCAACGAGCAGUGCGUGCAACCAGAACGCUGUGAGUGUGUGCCAGGGUCUCAGCGUAAUCGAACGGACCAAUGUGAGCCGCAAUGCUCGAAACCUUGUCGUCGGAAUAGCCACUGUGAUCGACCGGAUAUUUGUGUGUGCAAUGAAGGCUAUAUGAAGAAUGUGCUGGGCGUAUGCCAGCCCCAGUGUGAUGUGGAGUGUGGCGCGCAUGCGCAAUGCACGAAACCAAACCGUUGUGAAUGCAUCGACGGCUAUCGCCAGGAUGAGCAAGGCAUCUGCCAGCCCCUCUGCCAGCAAGAUUGUGGAGAGCACGGCUAUUGCAGCGAGCCAGGCAAAUGUGCCUGCCACCCGGACUAUAUGCUGUCGGAGGAGGCGGAAGUGUGCCAGCCCAUCUGUGUGGCCUGUGGCAGGACAGUAGCGAGUGUGGACUGUGAGCCACAGUGCUCAGCGGGCUGUUCGGCCAACAGCUACUGCAGCAGGCCCGAGGAGUGUGACUGCCUUGAAGGCUAUGCCAAGGAUGCGGCGGACCAAUGCUCGCCCAUAUGUGCGCCAGAGUGUGAGGUCCACAGCGUUUGCACAAGUCCCGGGAGGCCGUGCGGCGACAAUAGCUACUGUGCCGAGCCGGAGAAGUGCACCUGCAUUGAAGGCUACACCUCUGGCAACGAUCACAAUCGCAACUGCUCGAGCUUGAGGGGCUCCAUAGUCAUUAGCCUUAUAUCAAUGGCAGUUGUUUUACUUCUCGUUUGCUUGGCCUUGUGCAUCGCCCUGAUCUUCAAAAGGUGCAAGGAGGAGCUCCCUUAUGCCCAGCAAAAUGACAAUCCUAGUUUGCCUAUGGAAAGGGUGGAUACCCAUCUAGAGGGCAUAGAGAACCCUGGCUAUGCGCAAUAA